AUGAAGACAAUAUGUUUGGUGGAUAAAAUGAGAUGGGAUUUUCCUGGCAAUAUGAAUCCGCAUGCUUUUGCUUUUGGAGAUGUUGAUAAUGAUAAAGACAAUGAAUUUGUUAUUGGAAAUUUAAAUGGUAAAUUGGCAGUAUUUAAAGGAGCAUCAAGGACACCUUCUUUAAAUUGCGAUGGGUUGGGUACAAUGUUAAAAAUUGUGGACGGCAGUGGAAGUAAUAUGGAUAAACAAAAUUUACAAAACAUAAAUCCAACUUUAAAGGAGAAGAAAAAAUGGGUUUUUGAUGGUCAGAUUACUUCUUUGUCUACAGCCACUGAUCCCAAUACUGGAUCAACAUUGUUUCUGGUAGGUCAACCUGGUGGGCAUUUUAUAAUAAUCGAUGAAAAUGAAAAUAAAUCCACUCCAAUAGAAAACUUAAAUUAUAUUCAACAACAUAAAGAUGAGUUCACAGAAAUUUCAACAGAAAUCGUUAGAGGAACUAAAAUUGGAAAAGAUGGAAAAAAAACAGACGUAAUUGCAUUGAUUACAAUGGAUGGUAAAUUCGGAUUAUACGAUCUUAAAAGUUCAAGUAUGAAGCAUAUUGAAUUACAAGUUACACAUAAAAUUUUUGGGAUUUCUGCAAUAAACCUUCGUAGAAGAAAUCAAAAUCCUGAUGAUGUAUUUGUUGCUUGUGCAUGGAAUGGUAACACUUAUAUUAUUGAUCAGGAUUUUAAUGUUGUGAGAUUUGAAUUUGAUAGGCGCGUUUGUGCUUUUGCAGCAGGAAAAUAUGCUAUCAAGCAAGGAAUUAAUAUUCCGUGCUUCAUGUAUAUUGAUUUUGAAAAUCAAAUUACUGUCUAUUAUAAUCUUUUUAUUGAUAUUAAGCCAUUAAAUAAUUUUAUGGAUGAAAUUAUGCAAGGAACUGAAAAUCUCGAUCAGGUUUGA